AUGAACGAAUAUCAAUCUAGUUUCUUAGUUAAUAAUAUAUGCGUCUUCAUUAAUUCUGGAAACAAUCCCAUGAUCAAAAGUCAGGUGAUCGAUGAUUCACGACAACUUAUCGAACUUCCAUUCCCACCAGUGAUUAAUUCUCGUGAUUUGGUUAUUUUACACCCCGACGGUCGUGUUCCUAACACCCCUAAUGCCUUUAUUAUCUAUAGAAAGCAAUUUGUUGAAACGGCUCGUGCUGGUGGUUAUAAUUUACCAAUGAAUAUAAUCUCUUCAAUGGCAUCUCGAUCAUGGGAACAAGAAUCUGAAGAGGUAAAGAAUGAAUACAAGAGAAUCGCGAAAGAAGCAUUCAAUUAUCGUAAUGAAUUAUUUCCUAAAGUAAAACCUCAAAGGAAAAGAGACCAAUGGAGGACUGUUUCAUUCGAUAAACCUUCUACUCGUAAAGUUAGAAUGCCUAAAUCUAUAAAAACUACUAAUAACCCCACAAAACAUCAGCAACUUAAUAAAUCGAAAGUUACUCCCGAAUUACCUAGUGAUUUAAGUGAUAUCGACAUGAAUUCACCAAUAUUUAACCUUGAUUUAUUUGCAGAUUGGGCCGAUUUCCUUAGAAAUCAAAAUGCUUAUCCAAGUUCUGACUUAUCAACAACUUCUAGCAACUAUAAUUCUCCCAAUAUAAAUGACUUUUUAAAUUUAGAAACCUCUUCCUCAACUCACUGUUUUGAUUUACCAAUUCAAACAGACCAACAAGUUAGUGAUGAUAUCAUAAAUAACUUUUUAUUCGUUGGUGAAAACCAAUCCUAUAUCUAUGAUAAUCAGUAUGAGCUUGGGAUUUUUGAUACCACUAAUAAAAUUUCUGAAAUAAACUCAUAUGAAAUAUUUAAUAUACUAAACAUGCAAAUUUCAGACAAUUUGACCAAUUCUAUCGAUCAAUUAUUCACAUUUUAA